AUGACAGCUUCAUUGAUUCAACAAAUACUUGAAAUUCGAGAUGCAUCGGUUCCUAAGAACAGCCUACUUGGAGAUUCUAUGCCUGAUGCAUCUAUUCUAGAUGUAAGCAAUAUUCCACGUCAAUGCGGACUAUUAUCAAACGAUGAAAUUAAUAUUACUGAAAAUUAUACAGCUACUCAACUUGUAACUCUAUUAGCUCAAGGUCAAUUGACAGCUGAACAGAUCAUUAGAGCUUAUAUAAAACGAAGUGGUAUUGCGCAUCAAUUGACGAAUUGCGUUAUUGAGUUUCUUGAUGAAGAAGCGAUCAAUCGAGCUAUAUAUCUGGAUCGAGAAUUUAAAAGACGAGGAGGACCCAUAGGUCCGCUUCAUGGUUUACCUAUCUCUGUUAAACAUAUGGUGACUAUGCGUAAUCGACGAACUAAUGCAGGAUGGAUGAAAUGGAUUGAUAGAAUUGGUGAAGAUGAUGCUCUCAUUUUGAAGAUUCUCUAUGAAGCAGGUGCCAUCUUCUAUGUUCGUACUACUGAGCCACAAAGUUUGAUGCAAUUGGAAUGUAACAGUCCAAUAUAUGGUAUUACUGUCAAUCCAUUCAAUCGAAACCUUACUAGCGGUGGAAGUACAGGUGGUGAGGGUGCUUUACUUGGUCUGAAAGGUAGUGCGAUGGGAAUAGGAACUGAUAUAGGCGGAAGUAUACGUUCUCCAGCUGCUAAUAAUGGGCUAUAUGGAUUGAAACCAACCACUUUUCGAUUGCCAAGGCAAGGCUUAAAAGGAACACAAGCAGGACGAGAAAGUAUUGUCGGUGUAAUCGGUCCGCUUGUUCGAGCAAGAGAAGAUAUUCAUUUAUUCAUGAAAACAAUACUUGAUACUGAGCCAUGGUUGAGAGAUCCAUCGCUUGUACCAAUUCCUUGGCGAUCAAUUGCAUUGCAUGCAACAGAUUUUACAGUCGCAGUCAUGUGGGAUGACAACGUCGUACAUCCUCAUCCACCAAUUAUUCGAGCCCUUAACGAAACUGUAGAGCAUUUGAAAAAUUUUGGUAUUAGAAUUGUUGACUGGGAACCAAUGGAUCAUCAGAAAAGUUGGGACUUAACUAGUGCAUUGUAUUACUGCAAUGGAGCUGAAGAAGAACGAAAUAUGAUGGCAGAAGUAAAUGAGCGACCUCUACCAUUAACAGAAUGGAUUCUUAGUCAACCACAAGUGAUGAAAAGAAACUGGGCAGAAAUGAAUGAGCUCAUCACAGAAAGGGAAAACUAUCGUAAUCACUAUGCACGUAUAUGGAAUGAGCGAGAAAUUUCUUUGAAUUGCUCUAUCGAUUGUCUUCUAACACCGGUCGGUCCAUCGGCAGCACCACAACAUGGUACAGCCAAAUGGUGGGGCUAUACAUCCAUAUGGAAUCUUCUUGACUAUCCAGCUGCUGUUUUUCCUGUUACAACUGUGGAUCUUAUGAAAGAUAAAGUAGCCAUUGAUUAUAAACCUCGAAAUGCACUUGAUGAAGAGAAUUUUAAAUUGUACACAUCAGCAGAUUCAUACUCUAAUGCUCCUAUUGGAUUGCAAGUUGUUUGCCGACGAUACAACGAUGAAAAACUGAUGAAAUGUCUUGAAAUCAUUGAACGAGCAAUGGGAAGACCAUAA